AUGGCUAGUACCAAGCGGAUAAAGGGAGAGUAUACUCGGUGGACGCCGCUGGAACUGGGCUCAACCGAGACUUUAGACGUUUCUAGUGAUGAAUACAAUCCCAAUAAGUUGUUUUCUGAGUACGUGGUGGCUCGGAAACCGGUGAAAUUACGGGGUUCUGUUUCUGAUUUCAAUUGGCAAGCACUCGAUUUGGACGCCAUCGAGGCGACGUUGGACUAUGACGACCACCUAUGGGUGGAGGAGAAGCACUCGGGAGGGUUUGGUGGCGGCCACCAGCGGGUCCGGAUGACGCUUGCGGAGUUAGUCGACCAAUUGAAACAGGGGGUUGAUCGCUAUUAUCUUACGACACAGUACGAUCAAGAAGAAGAUAAUACUGGAGAAGAUGGAGAUGACGAUGAGGAAGACGAGGAAAAGGUUACUGAUCAAGUUGAGGCCCUGGAGCAGAAGAUUGGUGAUGACGAAGAAGAAGACGACUUUGACGACUCAGAUGAAGAGGAAGGAGACGACUCUGAUGAUGCCGACGCCCGCCUCCGUCAGUUGCUCCAACCGCCGUUGACAAACCUCAUUUUCAACCCGGAAUUUCCGAUAAAUCACCCGUUACUCCCCACGCUUAUUCCACAACAAAUCAACUUAUGGAUGGGCCAGGCGCCGAAACUGAGUCAAACCCGACCUGAAAUUGAUACUACCAAACCUGAUGGUGGGUUAGGGAGGUACAUUCCUCCAGUUACUCACGAGGGAGCCCAAUUAACGGGUACCUCACUGGGGCUCCACCAUGACCACGCUGACAACCUCUACGUCGUGGUGAGCGGUGUCAAACGAUUCACAUUGUUCCCCCCGAGUAAUGUUUACGAUUUGAACACGGUGGGUACCGUAUACCGUGUGUUUAACCUGGGGGUUAUCGAUUAUGUCGCUGACUCCAAACUGCCCAAUUGGCACCAGUUACGUGACGACGGGGCCGUUGUCGCUCAAGUGGAAGCGUGGAAGAAUGGAAAGGAAGCCGAAGAGACCCUGGAGGGCAAUAUUGGUGGUGAAAAUGAUUAUAAUAAUAAGGCAAAACACCCUCCCUCGUUCUCUACGAUCCCCCCGGCGUUACUCCACAUUGAUGACGUUGAAGACGAUGAAUACAGGGAAAAAUUGAUGGCACUAACUCGUGAAAGCUACCCUCAAUUGCUCAGUUUACCCCGGCUUACGGUAUGGUUGAAACCAGGGGAAAUGCUCUAUUUACCUACCGGUUGGUUCCACGAGGUGCUGAGCUUCGGCGAUCAGCCCCACAUCGCUGUAAAUUACUGGUUUAUCCCCCCCGUCACUGGAAAAUACGCUGAUCCUUACCAUGACGACAACUACUGGCAAUCUGAUUGGGCCAAGACGAAAGCCGUGGUCGAUUCCAUGAGAGCCCUAGCCGUCAGCGACGACGACGAAGAAGACGAAGAAGACGAAGAAGAAGGAGAUGAGCUAGAGGAAGAAGACGAGGCAGAAGAUGAUGAGUAA